GAUGUACUCAAUGCGCCAGCACUGGAGGUCCUGGGCCUCGGUUGGAACAGCUUCUCUGAAGAAGCCUUGCGGUCGCUGGGUGACAUGCUCGCCAGCCACAAGCGAUUACGCGAGCUUCACCUUCCAAAUUGCGACUGCCGUGCGCGGGUGGUCUCCCAGCCCUCCAUGCACAUCUUCCUUGAAGGUUUGGGGCGGAAUAGCAGCCUCACCAUGCUGGACCUCUCCAUGAACCGGCUGACGUCGACAAGCGCACUGGUCCUGGAGGACUCCUUGGCCAAGCACACCAAGUUGCAGGAGCUGUUCGUGGGACAGAACCCCUUUGGCGUGCAUGGCUUGAGGUGCCUCUUUCGCCUGCUGGGACAACCGACCUGUGGCCUUAAAAUGCUCGAUGCCGUCGGAUGCCAAGGUACCAGCGACGAGAGCCGGUUUGCGGAGGGCCACUGCGGCUACCGGGCGAGCGAGCCCUCCGGGCACUACAAGCUGGAUCUGACUCUGUGCCAUGGCAGAUCUCUGCUUCGCCUGCUCUACAAGACCUGCGAAGCUGUGAAUCUUGACUUCAACCAGGCGUUCCAGCAGCUGGUUGUGGUGCCGUCGACGACAGCCGCAAGAGCACCGGCCAAGUUCCAGCAUCCGGCAGGAAAAGAUGCAAGUGGUGUCUAUCCAGUGCCCGCAGAUAGCAUCAUCUCCUUCUUCUUCUGCCUGGAUGAGGCGAUCACAGCUGAACUGACAUGGUCGGGUGUCCUGCCCUGA